GUGGCGCAUGCGCACUCGAAGCCUCCGCGGCCGCUUUGACAGCCUUGACGUUUCCCCCGCGUGGAGGCGGGCUCUUGCAGAUGGCUCCGCUACCAGGGGCAGAACUGGUUCAGACGCCGUUGCAGCUCUACCGAUACCUACUGCGCUGUUGUCGGCAGCUGCCAACCAAGGGCACCCAAGAGCAUUAUCAACAUGCCAUCAGACAGAGUUUUAAAGUUCAUUCAGAUGAAGACAACCCUGAGAGGAUACAACAGAUAAUUAAAAGAGCCAUUGAAGAUGCUGACUGGAUCAUGAACAAGUAUAAAAAACAAAACUAAACCCCAGCUCCCAGAGCCAGCACUGGGUAGAAGACCCUUUUCUGGAUCCAGCCAGGAGCAGCUUCCAGAGUUGGGUUCUCCACAGUCCUGCCUAUACUCAAGCAUGAGUCAGGUGAGACCAAAGCCUCCCCAACCAUCAGACCACUCCACCCACACCCACAUUGGAGUCUAUGUUGGCUCUUCCUGCUGAUCUGCUACGGGGAGAAUGUGUUUGUACUUUGUUCUGAAGAGGGAUUUGGUUUUUGGAAUUCCUGAGUGUGCCCUGAUAUGCAGAGGACAGGACACAGGUUUUAGCCCUUGGCUGGCUUCUAGACACAGUGGGUCCAUGAUCCUCCCUCCAUUCUCUGUCUGAGUUCAUCAAGGAAGGAAGAGUGAAGGUGGAUCUGGAGGUGCACAGCAGCCUGCAAGGGGUUUCCUGAAAGCUUGAUUUCUUCCUUCAUCAGGAUUCAAAAGGAUGGAAUUAAAGAGUUGAACCCAGG